UGUACUUCUCUCCUUCAUUCCUACAUACACACUCAGUUCUCCGUCUUAGCUAUCUCGGUGCCGAUCGCCGUUACUCACUAGCUAGCUUUCUGCUAGCUUCUUUCCUUCCUUCUGUGCUCACAUAUACUCCCAGCUGAACUACUGCAAAUCAAAGCAAAGUCUCUGCACUACAAGCCAUGCCGACGGCGUCGCACCUGACGAGCCCGCGCUACUUCGACUUCCGUGCGGCGCGCGGGGUGCCGGAGUCGCACGCGUGGCCGGGGCUGCACGACCACCCGGUCGUGGACGGCGGCGCCGGCGCCGGCGCCGGGGAAGACGACGCCGACCGGGUCCCCGUCGUGGACAUGCGCGCCGACCCUUCCGCCGCGGCCGCGGCGGUGGCGCGCGCGGCGGAGACGUGGGGCGCGUUCCUGCUGGAGGGCCACGGCGUUCCCGAGUCCCUCCUGGCGCGGGUGGAGGAGCGCGUGGCGGGGAUGUUCGCGCUGCCGGCGCCGGAGAAGAUGCGCGCCGUGCGAGGCCGCGGCGAGUCCUGCGGCUACGGCUCCCCGCCCAUCUCCAGCUUCUUCGCCAAGUCCAUGUGGUCCGAGGGCUACACCUUCUCCCCGGCACAUCUCCGCCGCGACCUCCGCAAGCUCUGGCCCAAGGCCGGCCCAGACUACCUCCUCUUCUGUGAGGUGAUGGAGGAGUUCCACAGGGAGAUGCGCCUGCUAGCGGACAAGCUGCUGGGCCUCUUCCUGCGGGCGCUGGGCCUCACCGCGGACGAGGCCUUGGCCGUGGAAGCGACCCACAGGAUCGCCGAAACCAUGACGGCCACGACGCACCUCAAUUGGUACCCGAGAUGCCCGGACCCGAAGCGGGCCUUGGGCCUGAUCCCGCACACGGACUCGGGCUACUUCACCUUCGUGCUGCAGAGCCAGGUGCCCGGGCUGCAGCUCUUCCGCCGCGGGCCGGACCGCUGGGUCGCCGUGCCGGCCGUCCCGGGCGCCUUCGUCGUCAACGUCGGCGACCUCUUCUCCAUCCUCACAAACGGCCGCUUCCACAGCGUGUUCCAUCGCGCUGUGGUUAAUAAGGAGAGUCAUCGGGUGUCCCUCGGGUACUUCCUCGGCCCGCCGGCCCAGACGAGGGUCGGCCCGUUAGAGGAGGCCCUGACGCCGGCCCGGCCCAAGCCCAUGUACCGGCCCGUCACGUGGCCCGAGUACAUGACCGUCCGUAAGAAGGCCUUCGCCACCGGCGACUCCGCGCUCCAGAUGGUCGCCGUCGAUCAAGACGACGACGACGACGCCCAAACGAAAUUAGCAAACAGAAAAAUAAAAGUGAGCGGAGAAGCUUAUUAAUGACUUUGAUGAGCUCGAUUUGGGUAGCUAUUAGGGAUCGAUCGGGAGAAGAGCGUGCGGCUGUCGUCUCGAUCGAUCGUGUUCGAGGUCUCCUCCAUCCAUGCAUGUAAUUAAUUAAGAACCAGUUUUUUUUCCUCUCUUUUUUGUCGUGUAAGCAGAGAAUUAAGGGCCGCUAGCUUGGAUCUACGAGAGAAAGAAAAAUAAGGAGCAUAGUAGCAGCAGCUAGCGGCGGUUAAUGAUUGGGCAAGGUGUAGAAUAAUUGUAAUGGGGAUCGAGAAGAAGAUCGAAGCAGGAAACAAACAAACUGGACUACUGCGUACUACUGGCCAGUUAAUUAAUUGGGUGGGUUAUGAUUUGGCCUGUA